AAUUUUCACAAAAGAUAUAAGAAAAAAACUCUCUAUCUCAAUAGCCGCACGUUCAUCUCCCUCAACAAUCUCAAAGCUUUUAACUUAUUAUAAAUUUAAUUUAAAAAAAUGGAAACCCCACCUUUUUCCUGUUCUUCUCUUCUUUACACUCUAUUUUUCAUUUGAUUCUGCCGAAUUCUUUAAAUUCUUUCUUCAAUUUCAAAAUUAGAGAGAAAAAUCUUUUAUUUCCUCUCAAGCCCAUCAAGUUUAGAACCCUAAUUUUACUCUUUUUGAAACUCAGACGGUACAAAUUUCACGGAUUCCUUUUGGACAAAUAUACACACAAUCAUAUAUAUAUAUAUAUAUAUAUAUAUAUAUUUCAACAACAAAAAUAAAAUCGAAAUCUCAGAGUCUGAUCUGACUAAUAAAUCCAUUGCCUUCUUUAAGUUUAAAAAUGCUUUUAAAUUGAAGAUUUUUAAUUAUCUGGGUUGAUUUGAAAGUUUGAUUUUCCUUUGAAGCUUUGAAUUUUUUUCUUUUUGAAAUUUGGGGGAACUCAUUAGUUUACCCUAAGAAACGGAUUUAUUUGAUUUCUUGCCCAUCAAUUAGUCCCUACAAAAGCCAAAGACCCCAAUUUAGUUUCCUUAUGAAUUUUUAGAUUGGCUGCUUCAAUGUCCGUAGAAAGGUCAUUUGAAGCCUGGGAAGAGGUCCAACGCCAUGGCCAGGACCUUGCCGAUCGGCUAGCUCAAGGUUUUACUGGUUUAAUCCAAUCCCACAUGAUCCCACCUUCGUUUCCAUGGCCAAAUCCUCCAAAAUCCAAGCCUUUUGACCUCGAGUUCCCAUCCCAAUCCUUUGCUAACAAGGAUUUUGGUCUUCCCAUUGAUAAUUCUGCUAUUUUUGACAUCGGAGACAUCGGGAACAGGAUUGGCCAAGUCGGGGCGGACUUUGGUGCUGGCUUAAACGGGUUGGUGCAACAAUUCUUCCGGAGGUUACCGAUCCCGUUUCGAGCUGAGGAGAGUGCAGUUGUGUCGGUUAGAGGUGAUAUGAGUGUGAAAGGGCAGAAGGCUGAGGUGGGUGUUAAUGAUAUGGAGGGUUUGGUAGGAUUUUCGGAUUCAAAGGAUUUUGGGUUUAUGGGUAAUGAGGGUCAUUCAGAGGGAGUGGGAGAUGAGGAGAUUCCAGGGUUUAAUUUGAAGUCUGCUGGACUACUUGGGAGACCACAGGGAGUUAUAAAUAUUACCUCAACAUUUGAGAGUAGAACACGAGAUUUAGAAAGUUCUUUGGUUGCAAGGGGAGACCUAUGGAGAGUAGAGGCAUCAAAUGCCAAUUCCACAUCAAGGAAUGACAACUCUUUAUUUCUUAUCCAGCUUGGACCAGUGCUCUUUGUACGAGAUACAACACUUCUUUUACCAGUUCAUCUAUCAAAGCAACAUUUGCUGUGGUAUGGUUAUGAUAGGAAGAAUGGAAUGCAUUCUCUUUGUCCUGCAGUGUGGUCAAAGCAUAGGAGGUGGCUAUUAAUGUCGAUGCUCUGUCUUAAACCUUUAGCAUGUUCGUUUGUAGAUUUGCAAUUUCCAAAUGGACAGUUGACCUACGUAUCUGGUGAGGGGCUGACAACAAGUGCUUUCCUUCCUCUUUGUGGGGGCCUUCUUCAGGCUCAGGGCCAAUAUCCAGGGGAAAUGAGAUAUAGUUUCUCAUGCAAGAAUAAAUGGGGAACUCGUAUCACACCAAUGGUUCUAUGGCCUGACAAAUCAUUUGCACUGGGUCUUUCACAAGCCUUGGCUUGGAAGCGGUCUGGGCUCAUGAUGAAGCCAUCCAUUCAAUUUAGCUUGUGUCCAACAUUCGGUGGAAGUAAUCCAGGGUUGCGAGCAGAAGUUAUUCACACAGUGAAGGAUAAUCUCAAUCUGAUAUGCGGCUGUUCUUUGGUGGCACAUCCUUCUGCAUUUGCAUCAAUAUCACUCGGGCGUUCUAAGUGGAACGGAAAUGUUGGGAACUCGGGGAUAGUAGUAAGAGUUGACACGCCGCUGUCCAGUGUGGGACGUCCAUCCUUUUCUGUUCAGAUAAACAACGUAAUUGAAUUUUGAUAAGUUUGACACCCAAAGCAUGGUGUAGAAGUGUAUAUAUAAAGUGUCAUGCACGUAGACAAAUGAUAUCACGUGAAUACCACGAUGUUACCUCUCUUAACUACACUAAUUUCUGAUCUAAAUUUGGAUAUUCAUCGCUCUUUUUUCUUUUGGUUUCAAA